AUGGCCACUCGGGCGCACGAUCACAAGGAUCUGAUCAAGAAGUUCAUCCGUACCUACGAGUGCGAGAUGUGCAACGACGGCAAGUACGGCAAGCUCAAGUACAUGGCUUUGUUGCAGAAGGCAGUGAACAACCAAGUGGACAUGAUUACCAUUGAGCUGGAUGAUGUGGAGACGUUCUGCAAGAAGGAGGCGCUGGCACCAGAUUCAGACAUGGGCGAUUCGCGCGCGCAGCUUCUUCAGUCCAUCGAGCAGCUCGUGGGGGCUAUCGAGCUCCAUGUGCCACGCUACCAGGGCUUCUUCUACGAAAUCUGCGACACCGAGCAGCCGGCCCGAGACGAGAACUACACCGACGAGGCAUCGGCCACGAGAGUCAGGAACGCCGUCCAAGACUGGCGCGAGCGCUUGAAUGCGAAGGACGCCGCUGGGGGUCUCGACAAGGCCAUGGGAGUGCCUGCAAAGCUGAAGAACCCAUGGGGCGUUCGCUUCAAGCCGCGCAGCUCCGCCUCUUCCAUGAGCAUGCGUCAGAUCCGGGGCGACUCUGUGGGACAGUUGGUGCAGCUGGACUGCCUGGUGGUCAGCGUACAGCAGGUGAAGCCCAAGGUGCAGAUCGUCACCUACCACUGUGAGACUUGCGGCUGUGAAGUCUUCCAGUCCGUCGAGGCAGACACCUACACGCCUCCGAAGGAGUGCCCUUCGGCAAAGUGCAAAGAGAACAAGCAGUCCGGCAACUUGCACCGCAUGGUGCGGAGUCUUCGCGUUCGCUUAGUCUCUGGACAAGAGCUCGCCACAAUUCCGGUGGAAAGUUUGACCAAUGUGCUGGAUCUCAAGAGGCAUUUACAGGGCCUUUGUGGCUUCCCACGAUUUAGGCAGAGGCUCCUACACGAGCAUGCGACUUUGGAGGAUGAGGUCCUGCUUGACUCGGCGUUGGAUCUCCUUCUCGUACUGCUCCCUUGUCGCUACGUAAAACCCGGUCAGGGCUCAAGAGAUUUGUGGCGCGCGACUUGCCAUGGUGAUGUGGCCUGUGUUGAGCGGAUUCUUCAACAACCUCAAGAUCCGGACGGCUUUGAUCACCAAGGCAAAACCCCGCUUCUAGGGGCCUGCGCAAAUGACUUUGCAGAAGUUGUUGGCUUGCUCUUGGAGGCCGGAGCAGAUCGGAACAGGGCUGCGACAGUCAGGGCGAAUGGAACGGUACUUCGCCGCAUAACUCCUCUUGGUGUAGCCGCUCACGAAGGUCACAUAGAGAUCGCCCAGCUGCUCUUGCAAGCUGACGCUGAUCCCGACAAGGCUGCGCUUGGUGGCACCACACCUUUGCACAUGGCAUGCAACAACGGCCACCUGGAGGUGGCACGGUUGUUAUUAGAGGCAGGUGCAGACAAAGACAAAGCUGUAUCUGAUACGACAUCUCUGGGCAUGGCAUCCCGUGGGGGUCAUAGGGCCAUUGUACGCCUCUUGUUGGAGGCAAAAGCUGACAAGGACAAGGUCGGCAGGCCAGAAGGUAUGACUCCAAUUUGGCUAGCUUCGCGUGAAGGCCAAGCUGAAAUUGUACAGAUGCUGCUGCUAGGCGGUGCCGACAAAAGCAAAGUUUGUGGACCUCUGCAUGCCACACCUUUGUGGGUAGCUUGUCGUCAAGGCCACCUGGAGAUUGCACGCUUGCUAGUUGAAGCCGGCGCUGUCAAAACCCAGGCUGCGUCUGAUGGCACCACACCCGCUGAAAUAGGCCGUCGCAACGGCUACCCCACAAUUGCAAAGCUUUUGUGGACGGACGAGCUGGCCACUGGGUCCUGA